AUGACUUCGGCGGCCUUGUCGUUACUCAGCCUCCCUCCAGAGUUGAUAUUGGAGGUUGCCGACUAUCUACCGGCAGAUAGCAUCCUGGCUCUGAAAUUCUCCCACCGGAUAUUGAAUUAUUCAUUACCUCUUGCACCGCGGCUCCGAAAUCAGACCCUAUCGCGCUGCGCACGUCUUGCAGUCCUCAGUUACCUCGCAAAGCCCUCACUGAAUCCAACCCAUCUUCGAUGCAUUCUGUGCAAAGCAGUCUAUCCUCUGAGAAGCUUCCGAUCGUCGAGUAGCCCGACAUGUAUACCGUUUUCAUAUGAUUCCAACGUGGGAGACACAGACGUCCUCGAACUACCUCAAAGGCUCUGUUCUUGGCACGUCGGUCAAAUGAGUGGGUCGACAGCUCGGAACAGAUGUGCAUGCACUGUGGGGCGAUCCAGUCUUGGUUGA